AAAAACUGCAGAGCAACAUCCAUUAUGGCUUUCUCCGGCAUCAUGGCUGCGCACCGUUUCUGUUUUUAACGGACAAAGAACAAUCCUUUAGUCGGAUUCGACGAUCUGCACGAAAUCUUCAAGCCACUGGAAACUUGGGAACUUGGGUCUGCUGAGGAACAGCGUAUCAAUCCUCUCUUGCUGGCUGCGGAAGCUGCAAAUAUGGCUAGUGCAGAACCUGCAUUAAAUCAGGAACUUGCUUGUGACAAGCCGCGCUGCUUGGAUCCUAAAAAUAUCAGCAACGAUGUUCCUAAGACUACUGAAAGUCAGAAACCAAAAAGAAGACGCAACAAAUUGUUUGUUCGUUUACCAAAAAAGAAGCCUAAGAAAGUGCAUUUACUAAAAAUCCCACUCAAUAACAAUGAGGAUGAAAAUGAAAACUUGUCAGCAGACGAAAAUAGCACCCCUCAACCUCAACAAGAUCCUAAGCUAGAAAUUCGGCCGUGCAAAGUUUUGCUUGAUAAAUCUGAGGUUCUUAAUUUUCUCAGAAAAAGAGGCUUAAAUUUGAAGGAUCUGCUGAAUGAAUCUUGCCUAACCAGGGUAGAUAAAGUCACCAAUGCGCAAGUUGACGAUCCAGUGACGCAGAAUAAACUCACAGAUUCUGAAAAACCUAAAAGUCCUCAAGCACAUCAAACGUCGAUGACACUUAGUCCUCCAAAGACUGCGUCUGCACCUGCUGCCUCACCUGCACCAGUAAGUCAACCAGUAAGUCAAGAUAGUUCUUCAAGUUCAAAGUGCAGUGAGGUGUCAGCAAGAAGAGAUUCAGCUGAAGUGAGUACCAGAUUCCUUCUAAAAAGAGGGCAUUCUGCCUCAAAAGGAAAAGAGAAAGGCUACAAACUGAUUCAACUUCCUCCACGGGAUGGUUCAGUGGGCAGUCCUGCAUGCAGUAGUGACACAUUAUCAGCACUUGCUGACGACAGCAGUUCUCAGGAAGGCUCAACGUCUUCAACUUUGUCAACAGAUGAAGGCAUUAGGGGUGGAACAAGUUCUACUGGAGAUAAUGCCUCCAGCACGUCUGAUAGUCUCCCAAUCAAAAGGGUAAAGCUGGUCACAACGAGUAAAGACAAAAAGCUUUUCUACUGCAUGCCCUGCUCUGAAAAUUAUAAAGAUUUGGCCACUCUCAAGCUUCACAUCUUGAAGUACCACCGGGAGUGUACAGAUGUGACGUCUGUGUUGCAUCCGCAAAAAAAGGGCACCGACAUGGUCAAAUAUGCAUCUGGCGUGGUGCUGUUCGUUGCAUGUCCUUUUUGUAAGGAAUUCUUUAUAGACGUAACUGCUGUUUGUGAUCACUUUGUGAAGGCUCACAAAAAUGAAUCUUUUCAAGAAAUCAUUUGCAGUAGGGUGCCCAUCAAGGUAAUGAAAGUGGAGCCUCUGUUGAAGAUGCGACAAAAAUUUUUCUGCGGCUUGUGCAAACUGACUUUUGAUGAAUUUGAUCUACUGAAGAGACACCUUCGCGUUUUUCAUGCCAUUUUCGAAUGCCAGAUCUGUUUUUGCUUUUCCUUCAUUUCUAAAGACGUCAAGAACCAAUGUGACGCUUGCGCUUACAGAAAAACCGUUCAAAGAAAGCCAAUUAAAGAUCUCAACACUUGCUUGUUAGGGGAGUCAAGGGUGAUGAAGGCGCAAGUGACCAACAAUGUUCAAAACAUUGUCCGCUUUCGAUCGGUAACUUUGCCGUCUGAUUACACUGCUGAUGAUAACGAAGAUAUGUGGAGCUCUGAUUCGGUGAUUGAGGACCUUGAGAGCAAAAAACACAAUCAGGGUACUUGUAUUAUAACUCGGGUAAUGCACAAAACUUCAAACGAAAAAAGACCUUCCUAUUCACUUCAUUUAAAGACGAUCGUCAAAAAAUUUCCUCUUAUACCCACCGCAAGCGCGCAGGUUGCAGCCAAGCAACCUCCUGCCACUGUGGAGGAGGAGAAUGAUGAUGAUGAAUAUGGCGUGGACGCUCUGGAAAAUUUGCUGCAGAACAUGAAGUCAUCAAAGGCGGUGCCUCAACCUGAGAAAUCCACAGAAUUCACCUUCAAACCCAUCAAGUUGCCAAAUUUAUCGAUUCUUAAGACUCAAGCAUCUUCAAAGCCAGUCACGCAACCUGGCGUUUCUAAAGUUAGAGCCCCAAUCCAGAAAAAGAAAGUUGGCAAGAGCCGGGAACUCGAAAGCAAUGAAUGUUAUGUAGAAGAGCUGACAUUGGAAGAGAUGCAAAUUGCAGGAGACGUUCGUCUCAAUCUGAGUCUUUUGCGCAAAACAAUAAGGCCGUGUCCGCUCAUGCCAUGUCUCUACUGCGACCGUCUGGCGCUUGACCAGUCUGACCUGAUGGACCACCUGAUUGUCAAGCACAACCACUGUCCAGUCUGUAGAACGGUCUUCGAGAGCAAGGAGCACUUCAGCAACCACGAGGACAUCAAAUUUUACAAGUGCAGCAGUUUCUUGUGUGGCCAGACUUUUCACACAGCAGAGCAGCUCGCCAGACACGAGGAAUUUGUGCAUGACCAUGAAUUUGAAUAUGUUGGUGAGGAAAGCCGGGCAUACCAGUUUGAAGCCUGUGAGGAGGAAGACGUCAUUCAUUGCUUUUACUGCGCCGAGUACUUUGAAACCAAAAGUGUUAUGAAUGAGCAUUUGAUUUACGAGCACAACAUUUCUCUGUGCGUCGAGUGCAGCAACUACAAUUUAAAUGGCUCCAAAUGCAAAUAUUGUGAUUUGGCGAAAGCUUAAAAAAGUGAUUUUAUAUAAGAUAAUAAUGUUUAUUUAUUCAUGUAUGUUGUCAAAAUGGACGGAAUUGUUAGCUGUAUCUAUUCGGAUCGAUUCUUAUAAAAUAUACAGCAAUUAAGAUAGCUUAGUUUUCUUCUUAAAA